UGGGACGGGUAGUCCGAGGGGCCGGUGGCCGCGCCUCGGAGCGGCCCGCGCGUCAGGCGGCGCUCUGACCUUGCGGGUUUGUCUGGUUGUGUGUCUCUGCUGCUCCCGGCCUGCCUGCCCAUCACUCGCCGGGAAGAUGGCUGCCGUACGCAGGGCUCGCAGUUACUCCCGCUGCGUGGUGCGCUUCUCCGACCGAGAACUCUGCUAAUUUCCCCCCGCGGGGACGACAUACGGACCGAGCAGGGGGGAAGAGACCCCCGGACGGGACAGCGCCGUCCGAGCGCUGACAGCAUGCUUUCAGGCUGUGGACUAGGUCUUCAUAAUAUGGUGUAUUUUUUGUUUGGAUUGAGAGGACAUUUAAGUUUUAAAGAGCAUUGAAUGACAUUUUGGAAGCAGUUGGUCCAGAACCAUGACUGUCUAUGCCUCAGAAAUGAAGGAGAAGGAGGGCAGUUGAACAGAGACAAAGGGAGGAAAAUCAAGACUCUUGAACAGAUUACUGAAACAACAAGUUUUGAACAUGAGGCAGAAGGUGAAGAAGAUUGUCACUCUGAUUUGGUAAGAACCGAUGACAAUGAAAGACCCGGUGAAGCGAAUCUUCAGGCAGAGCUCCAGAUGUUCAGAGCUCAGUGGAUGUUUGAGCUUGCCCCAGGUGUGAGUUCUAGUGGGUUGGAACCUCCACCAUGCAAAGCAUCUUCAAAAGGACCUGGAGUAAAGUCUGUAGAUGCCAGAAGGACACAGGAGAUUGCAAAAGAGGAAAAGGCAAAAGAACUUUUCCUGAAGGCAGUGGAAGAAGAACGAAAUGGGGCCCUUUAUGAAGCCAUCAAGUUUUAUCGUCUAGCAAUGCAGCUCGUACCUGACAUAGAGUUUAAGAUCACCUAUACACGGUCCCCAGAUGGUGAUGGAGUUGGGAACAGGUGUGCUGAGGAUAACAAAGAGGAGGACAAGAUGGCUGAUCUCCUGUCGGAUUUCCAGCAGCAGCUGGCUCUUCAGGAAUCUUCAGUCAAACUUUGUCAGCCUGAGGUUGAUGUCAGCCAGACCCAUAUCUCAGUGUUGCCGAUGGAAGUACUAAUGUACAUUUUCCGAUGGGUGGUUUCAAGUGACUUGGACUUAAGAUCAUUGGAGCAAUUAUCUCUUGUUUGUCGAGGUUUUUACAUUUGCGCCAGAGAUCCUGAAAUCUGGCAUCAAGUCUGCUUGAAAAUAUGGGGUAGGAGCUGCAAUAAGCUUGUUCCAUAUACCUCUUGGAGGGAGAUGUUUUUGGAGAGGCCUCGUGUUCGAUUUGAUGGUGUCUAUAUCAGCAAGACAAAAUACAUACGUCAAGGAGAACAAUCACUUGAUGGUUUCUAUAGAGCGUGGCACCAAGUGGAAUAUUACAGGUAUUUGCGAUUCUUUCCAGAUGGCCAAGUUAUGAUGCUAACAACACCUGAAGAUCCUCAAUCUAUAGUUCCUCGCUUACGGACUAAAAAUACAAGAACGGAUGCAAUCUUGCUUGGCCAUUAUCGCCUUUCCCAGGAAACAGACAAUCAAACCAAAGUAUUUGCUGUAAUAAUGAAGAAAAAGGAGGAGAAACCAGUUGACUGCCCCAAAUGCAGGUAUUUCCGACGUGUUCCUGCACAAGAAACAGAUUACAGCUUUCAUGUAGGACUACAGUUGUGCUCCAGUGGGCGCCAGAGGUUCAACAAACUUGUCUGGAUACAUCAUUCUUGUCACAUAACUUACAAAUCGACUGGUGAGACAGCUGUUACUACUUUCGACAUUGACAAAGUGUACACCCCUUUGUUCUUUGCACGAGUGAAGAGUUUUACUGCAUUUUCAGAAAAGCCGCUCUAAGAAACACCUUUUCCCCUCACAGUUCUUGCAUGAAUACAAAGUUGUAGCUAAUGAGCACUUAAGUUAUAAAUGUGUAUAUAUUUGGUACAUUUUAAAAUUCUGGGGAAUUUUUUGAAGACAGUAUGUUCUAUUUGAUUAUGAAUGGCCGGGGUUUUAUUUUGAGAUCAAGCUUAUGAGUAUUAAACACCUUUACUUUGUGACAAGAAUUUGAUAACAAAAUUUUGUUGGUUGUUUUGUUCUGCAUUUUCUUCUUAAACAGAUUUUAUAAAUCAGUCUGCUUAAAGUUUGCAUUUUCAUCUGCCUGGACACUGGUUUGUCCAAAAGGAAUUAUUAUAGGAAAAUCUCACUGUCCAAGGGACAGUGUGUGUGGUCUGUGGUGAAGGCUUGAAAUGUGAAGAGGAGAAAAUUGUCUGGUAUCUGUUAAACUGUGUGAUUUAAAAUAACUUCAAAUAAAUGUUUUCUUUAAAUUAAA